ACAAGCAAACACAAAAGAUUUUAGAUCAGUCAGCUAACUUUUACUAAAAUCCAAAGUUCGUAUCAUCUUUUUUUCUUCAUAAAAUCCCUACGGUCCAAUUAAUUAACAUAAUAAAAUAUAACCCCUUGAUCGUUUAAAAUACUCCACUCGUUUUGGUUUUAAUUGACAUUUUAUCACACCCUGACCUCCAUUAUUUUCAUGACACCAUUCUUGAUCUUUUCCGUAAUCCACCACCUAAUAUUAAUCACCUAGGGUUCCUCUAACCACCCAAGAAAACAAGGAAGAUUUUUUUUUUUUUUUCCUCUAGGGCUUGUCGUCAACUUCUCAAUUGGCCAUCAUCUACAAUGGAGAAACCUGAUGACUUCUGGAUCCCCAAGAAAAGCAACAAAGAAUCAUCAUGGGAAGAGCUGGCUUUCGCGGAAGACGAUGCUGCCGGAUCUUUGUGGCCGCCGAGAUCUUACACGUGUAGCUUCUGCCGGAGAGAGUUUAGAUCGGCUCAAGCCCUCGGUGGCCACAUGAACGUUCACCGAAGAGACAGAGCACGGCUUAAGCAAGCCGACGACCAAUACUUAUUCUCCAAAUCUUCUUCACCUCCGGAGUAUCCAUCUCAUAACGAUAGCGAUGAUAUUCGUGAAACCUCUUGCUAUACUUUGGUUUUUAACUCAAAACCUAAUUAUUUUAAGACUCAACACUCUUGUGUUAUUGACCUUUCUUCGUCUUCUUCUUUACCAUAUUUGACUCCUAGGGUUUCUUCUGGUUUGCCUGAAAAACAAAAUACUUCUUCCUCUUCUCCUUCUUUCGUUGUAGAGCCUUCCAAGAACUCAAAAAAAAUUCCCUCUUCCCCAUGGCCGUGCCCGAGUACCUUUGUGGAGCAAAAGCGUUGUGAUCUAUAUGAAAUUCCGGUUAUGGAAGGAGACAAGAAGAGAAAGAUCGAGAGUGAUAUGCCAAGAAACGAGCACAAAGCAAAACUUGGUCUUGGAAAUAGCACCGAUCUCUCUGUGAGCAUGAAUCUGGUCAUCCACCAGAGUUUUCCGAUUACUGCUCACGGCAGCGAUGAUGAGAUCGAGAGGGGUGAUAUAUGUAAGAGAAGACGAAGGCAUGAGAGUCCAUCGCAGCCAUCGAUUUUCAUUUCAAGUUUAUCUUGUAAGAGUGACAUUAUUACAAGAAAAGAGGAGAUCAAACACAAGGGUGAUCGCUUUCAGGAGUUAGACCUUGAGCUUAGGCUAGGGACAGAUCCACCAAAGGGAAAUUGAUUGAUGGACCGAUGAAUCCCUACCAAAACAAAGGUAAGGAAGAAAAAAAAUAUAUAAAUAGAAACAUUUCAUAUGGGUGUAUGUGUAUGUGUGUUACUUGGAUUUAUCUUUCCUUGGUUUUUGCGUGUUUAAAGUGUACCAGCUGCUAUACAGAUUUUUGGGUUUUAGUUCUUUUUUUUUGGGAUGAGUUGUAUGAAAAAUCCAUUUAAAAAAAAAAAACAAAGUGAGAAAUGUAAGGAAAUACUAAAGGCUUGAGCAAUAUUUU